AUGGCUGGCGUCGGCUUCGCGGCGCAUCGCCUGGAGCUGCUCGCCUCCUACCAGGACGUGAUCGGCGAGGACAGCCCCACCGACUGGGCGCUCUACACAUAUGAGGAUGGCUCCGAUGACUUGAAGCUGGCAGCAUCAGGAGGUGGAGGUUUGCUGGAGCUCUCUGGCCACUUCGAGAUCCAGAAGGUGAUGUAUGGCUUCUGCAGCGUCAAGGACCCCCAGGCGGUGCUCCCCAAAUAUGUCCUCGUCAACUGGGUGGGUGAGGAUGUACCGGAUGCCCGCAAAUGCGCCUGCGCCAGCCACGUGGCCAAGAUUGCUGAGUUCUUCCAGGGUGUGGAUGUCAUUGUCAACGCCAGCAGCGUGGAGGAUAUUGACCCGGGGGCCAUAGGGCAGCGGCUCUCCAAUGGGCUGGCUCGUGUCUCCAGCCCCGUACUGCACCGCCUGCGGCUGCGGGAGGACGAGAAUGCUGAGCCCGUGGGCACCACAUACCAGAAAACUGAUGCCACCGUGGAGAUGAAGCGGCUCAACCGGGAGCAGUUCUGGGAACAAGCCAAGAAAGAGGAGGAGUUGCGCAAGGAAGAGGAGCGGAAAAAGGCCCUGGAUGCCCGGCUGCGGUUCGAGCAGGAGCGGAUGGAGCAGGAGCGGCUGGAGCAGGAGGAGCGGGAGCGGCGCUACCGGGAGCGAGAGGAGCAGAUCGAGGAGCACAGGCGGAAGCAGCAGAGCAUGGAGGCAGAGGAGGCUCGGCAGCGCUUGAAGGAGCAGUCCAUCUUUGGGGACCAGCAAGAGGAGGAUGACAGACAGCAGCUCAGGAAAUCAGAGUCAGAGGUGGAGGAGGCUGCUGCCAUCAUCGCUCAGCGGCCCGACAACCCCCGGGACUUCUUCAAGCAGCAGGAGCGGGUGGCAUCAGGCAGCAGUGAUGCUGUCUCGCCAGGCAGCCACAGGACAGGUCGUCUGCACUGUCCUUUCAUAAAGACAGCUGACAGUGGGCCACCUUCUUCCUCCUCCUCCUCCUCCUCCCCCCCACGGACCCCCUUCCCCUAUAUCACCUGCCAUCGCACCCCAAAUCUCUCCUCUUUCUUCCCAUGCAGCCACUCGGACACCUACCGCAAGGCCUCAGCAGCGGGCUGCAGCCCCUGCGAGUCCAGCCCGGCCGCCACGCCGCUGGCUGAGCCGGGCACCCACGCGCCAGGCAGCAAGACGCCAGCAAUGCCCAAAGACUCCCCCAGCACCCAGGAGGCUGAGCCAGCCACCCCCGAGCAGCACUGGCCCUUCCCAGGGCUCGAGGACAAGGCCACUGAGCCCCCCAGGGAUGAGCCCAGCCCCAGGCCAGUGUGGACAGAAGGGGGUGAUGCCCUGGGGGACCUGGUGACCCUGGAGCCUGCUGAGACCACCCUACCACCCAUGGCCACCGAGUCCCAGCCUGAAGGGACCCCCAACCCUGAGAGCCUCAUCGACCUGUGGCAGAGCGACGGGGUGAUCCCCCCAGCUUCCUGGCCCCUGCCUGCUGCCCCUGUCCCUGAGGGUCCCCCAGUUGUGCUGCCCAGUGAGGGGGCCCUGCUGAGCCUUGAUGAGCUGCCUGAGCCCCCUGCCACCUUCUGCGACAUGGAGCAGGAAGAGGAGACAGCCGACACGGGGGACCCCCAGCCUCGGGGGCUUGACUGCCAGCAUGCCCCUCAGGAGGACAACUUGGGCCGGGAGACCCCUCCCAUCACCAAUGGGGAGAUGGCCCCCAAGGAUGGGACACCAGGUCGUGGGGAGCAGGCCAGCGAGGGCUACUUCAGCCAGUCUCAGGAGGAGGAGGUCCCCCCCCCCGAGGAGCUGUCGGCCAAAGCUCCCCAGCCUGUCUUCUACAACAAACCCCCAGAGAUCGACAUCACAUGCUGGGACACGGACCCCCUGCCCGAGGAGGAGGAGAGCUUCGGGGGGGGUCUUUAA